GUGUGCGUGUGCGUGUGCUCAGCCUCAGCGUGAGGGGCACCUGCUUGGCUGGGCUCACAGCGGAGGCAGCCGCGCCGUGAGCUGCCGCCGCCGCCGCCGCCGCUGGUGCUGCCGCUCUCCAGCGCCAGGCUCCCCGCCGCCGCCACCGCCUGCUCGCCAGCCAGAGUUGGGCUCCGUGGGGCUUCCCCCCGCGUAGCCUCGGUCCUUCCCCGCUGCCUGCAAGUCAGCCUGGCUCCGAGUCACGUGUCAGUGCCUGAGGCAGAGACCGAGAGAAAAAAACGCGCUUCAUUCCUUCUUCCACCGCCAUACUGUAUUUUAUACUAAAUCACAUUUUUAUUCCAACAUUUUACUCCCGCUCGGGUUAAAACAAGGCGAGCCAACCAUGACUGGCAAAACACAGACCAGCAACGUCACCAAUAAGAAUGACCCCAAGUCCAUCAACUCCCGAGUUUUCAUCGGAAACCUAAAUACAGCCAUUGUCAAGAAAGUUGACAUUGAAGCCAUUUUCUCAAAGUAUGGAAAAAUAGUGGGCUGCUCAGUGCACAAAGGUUAUGCAUUCGUACAGUACAUGAGUGAACGGCACGCAAGGGCUGCAGUCGCCGGAGAAAAUGCCAGGAUCAUCGCAGGUCAACCACUUGAUAUCAACAUGGCAGGGGAACCCAAACCGUACAGACCAAAACCUGGAAAUAAAAGGCCCCUUUCAGCACUUUAUAGACUUGAAUCUAAGGAGCCUUUCCUGUCUGUUGGUGGUUAUGUCUUUGACUAUGAUUACUACAGAGAUGAUUUCUACAAUAGGUUGUUUGAUUACCACGGCCGUGUGCCUCCGCCUCCCCGUGCUGUGAUCCCACUGAAGCGCCCGAGAGUGGCUGUAACCACGACCCGGAGGGGCAAGGGCGUCUUCUCCAUGAAAGGAGGAUCAAGAUCUACUGUGAGCGGGUCCUCUUCAUCAGCCUCAAAGUUGAAAUCAGAUGAGUUACAGACAAUCAAGAAAGAAUUAACCCAGAUCAAAACUAAAAUUGACUCCUUGCUAGGGCGCCUGGAGAAGAUUGAGAAGCAGCAGAAAGCAGAGGCAGAAGCUCAGAAGAAGCAGUUGGAAGAGAGUAUAGAGCUGAUCCAAGACGAAUGUGUGUCAGAGAACGCAGAUCACUCUACAGAGGAACCUGCUGAAGGAGGGCCAGACGCGGAUGGAGAAGAGAUGACUGAUGGGAUAGAGGAGGACUUCGAUGAAGAUGGGGGUCAUGAGCUGUUUCUACAGAUAAAAUGAUUUGAAGUAAUGUGCGACACCACGAAAGCAGAAAAGAGAAACUGUGACAACACCCAGAAAUGUGAAAGGAAGCUUCUUACUGGAUAGCAACAUCUUUGGUUCAAUUUAUAUAAAUACCCAAAUAAGUAAAUAAAAUGGACAGUAUUGUUCAGUUUUAGAAGUUCCAUUUCUUCUUUGUUCUAAACUUGUCAGGGUUUUAUGGUUUCAAUUGUAAAUGUGUUUUCCUCCCACAAAUUAUAUUUGGUUUUGGCUUGUUUUUUAAGUCUUAACAGUCAUAAAAUGUGAAAGGCAGUUAUGAAUGAUAAGGGAGAUACUGUAUACAAAUGUAUAUUUGUAAAAGCUAUUUUUAUGAUUAGCAUGUUUUACUGUUGAUCAUAUAUAAAGUCAGGUGAUACUACAAUUCUAUGUUUAAAGCUUAUUUCCAAUACUCAUGUAAGAAAAAAAUAUACCAUAUGCUACUUUUUAUAAUUUAUUUUUAAUUUAUAGUCCAAAAUAAUUCAGUUCAUAAGGAUAAAAUAUUUGAAAAGGAUCUAUUUCUGCCCUCUGUAAGCACCAUUUUUAUUACUAAAGAAUGAAAAUAUUUCAGAUCUCAUAAAAUAGUUAAAGGACUAUUGGUUGGACCUGUGACUGACUUGAACAUGCUCAUCUCUGGUGAACUGAAUUGAUCUAAUUAUUAUGUGAUACUCCAAACUGGGUUAUGACGAGGUUUCAAUGCUUGACUAGGUGAAAACCUGGAUGGCAAGGAAAAGAGUGUCUUUUCUUUGGACCAAGAAGUUUAAAGGAAUACAGAUGUCACUUCAUCCUAUCUCCUGAUCUCAAGAAUUCUCCAUGCCCAAGCGUUGCAAGUGUUUUCCAAAUGCUCUUAGUUGUCUUGUGCUGUGGAAAUGGAGGAAACCAUCUUCACAGACUGUAGGAAAAUUCAUCAUAGAAUUUCUUAAUAAAUACUGUUUCUUUUAAAACAAA